AUGGUCUCGCUCUACAAUGCCUCCAUCCCCAUGAUGCUCAAAUACCUGGGCAACCUGAAAGUCAUUCUCACGAAAGCCGAACAGCACUGUAUUUCCAAGAGCCUCAACCAAGAAGAGAUGAUCAAGUUCAGACUCAUCGAAGACAUGCGAAGCCUCGACUACCAAGUCCAAUCAAUCUCCAACACGGCAAAAUUUCUCGCCACCCGUGUAGCUCGCACAGAAGACACCUACUUCCACGACGAUGAGACCACCUUCCCACAGCUCCAGUCCCGCGUCGACGCCACCAUCUCCAUCCUCGCCGCCCUCGAACCGGCCUCCAUGGACGGCCGCGAAGACGAAGAGGUUCUCAUGGACACGAAGUCUAUGGGCACUUUCCGCUUCACGGGCUACUCGUACGUCGUCCAGUAUGCCUGCCCAAACUUUCACUUCCACCUCGGCUCCGCGUACUGCAUCCUCCGGCACCUGGGCGUAUCCCUGACGGCCUUUGAUUACCUCGACACGCAGCGGGACUUGUUCGUCAAGGUUGAGAAGAAACCUGAUGCUCCUGCCUCAUAG